AUUUGAUUCUUCCUGAAAGUCUAAGACAAUUUUUUGAUAAAAUGAAUUUUAAUCUCCCGAAAAUAUAACAAAAGAAAAUUUCAAUUUUGGAUGAGAAAAAAGAAUUGCAUAAUGGCAAACAAACGGCAAGUAGUUGGAAAAAAUGAGGUAUAUUUAAAAUUUGUAAAAAACUAAUAUUUUCGGCUCUCAUUUUUCCUUGUGCGAAAGAAACCAAAAAGUUGAGUUUGCUAAAUUUUAUUUAGAAGAAAACAUGCAAAAAAAAUAAACCUCGGAACAACUCGAAAUGUUCGAGCGCUAGUUUAAGGACUUCAAAGGAGAAACAAAAAAUAAAUAGGAUUUAAACAGUGAAUUAUAAAUAAAGAAAACAAUACAUCAAUAAUUAUAAACUAAAACAAAAGACUUGAUGCACAAACCCGCAAUUGUCACAAUGCGACUGUCAUUUGGAUUAUUUCUACUUUGCUUUGGAUUUAUCGCAAACGUAACAUGUCAGGAAGCAUCAUCAACCGAAUUUGCACCACGCGUAUCAGCAACAUGCAAAGCCGGAACAAUGAACGUCAAAGUCCAUUUUAAUGGACCAUACUCGGGAGCCGUACAUGCCAGAGAUUUUCGCAUUCCAAGUUGCAUGGUGCUGGGCAAUGGCUCGGAUACAGUUGGAUUUAGUUUGAAUUUAUUUGCAAACCAGGGACAGCCGGAUUAUUGUGGCAUUCUGGUUAGCAACGUGAGUGCAGAUAAAACUGAAGAAAGAUCAAUCCAACUUGCUGUCAGAGUUCACAAGACACUGGAAUUGGCUGAUGAUAAGUUUUAUGUGAUAACCUGUGGCAAAACUGGAUUUCCAAAAGACGACAAUGCUCAUGUAAUUUUGAAAUUUUUCGAAAAGGAUCGACGAGUUCGGGAAACAGUUUACGGUCGUAAAUAUACAAUUCGAGCCGAGUUAACGAAACCAAAUGCAACCAACGGUAUAAGGGUAUCAAAUUGUUUUGCUUUCGAUAAAAAGAACGAGAGUUUUCUAUUAAUCGAUGAUAAAGGUUGUCCCUUCAACCCAGAUGUGAUAACUACAUUCUCACCAAAUUCCGAUGGAACAUCAGCAAGUGCUACCCUCAAAUCUAUGUUCAGAUUUCCAGAAGGCUCUGAAGUUCAUAUCCAAUGUGAUGUCCAUCAAUGUUCAAACAAAUGUGUCGACGAUAUUCAAUGCGACGAUCCAACUUCGAUUGCUGGAAUUAGUUGGGCAUCAUCAAAUGUUAAAGGUGGUCGUACUUUGAAUGACACAGACGAAGGAAGUCUUCUUGGUGCAACAACUGUAUUUGUUCUUGAUCCAGCAGAGGCUCGGUUAUCAUCACCUCUAUGUGAAGAUGGUAUUCGACCAUCAUGGUUAUUAUGGCUAACAAUUACACUUGGAGUGUUAUUCCUGAUUAUGUUACUUAUGAACAUAUUCCUUUGCACUGCAAUGAGUUUCAGUUGUGCACGAACUGAGAUAAUUGAAAAAGAUGCAUCAAUCAUUGAAGAAUACGACCCAUAUAGAAGUUGGCAUGGAAGCCAAUAUGGUUCAAGAUAUUCCCUACAUGGACGUGAAGGUCAUAAUAAAGGAUAUGCGAGUGGUGGCUCAACGAUUCAAUCGAAUAGGUCAUUACCAAUUGAUACCGAUCAUUAUGCAAUUGUUCAUUCACGUCCUGGCUCUAGACAUUCCGGUGUUUAUGGACAUCGAUCCAGAGGACCUCCUAAUAACUUUUAAAUUUGAUUUGAAGAAAUUUUUUUUCAAAAAAAUAGAAAAAAAAACCCAUUUCAAAGAAAUCAUAUGUGUUCGAACUGAGAGAGAGAGUGAGAGUGACAUACAAAAAGAGAGAAAGAAAUACUGAAGUGAGUCUUGAAAAAAAUUCUGUUUCAAAGAAACAAAGGAAAAUAAACAAAAAAAAAAAUUAAAAUUUUAAGAAAAUAUUUUCGUACUAUUUGCAUGCAUAUGUCCAAGUAUUUUGAAUUGAAUGAAAAUUACUUUUUAAAAUUUUAUUUAUUAUUUAUCUUAUAUAGACCUUCAAGGAACUCUGAGAGAGUGAGAGUGUAAAUUUUUAAGAGAACAAACAAAACAAAA